AAUGAAAAUUUACACCUGACCGGCCUUAAGGAGAAGUUCACCAAAAUAUGUGGUAACUCUGGGAUAAAGAAGAGGCACAUGCAAUUGACAGAAGAGAUGUUGAAGGCAAACCCCAGCAUCUGUGACCAGGCGGCUCCCUCCCUAGACGCGCGCCAAGCCAUGCUGGUUAAAGAGGUGCCGCGCUUGGCGCAGGAGGCCGCGGUCAAGGCCAUCGCCGAGUGGGCGCGGCCCAGGUCAAACAUCACGCACCUCAUCUUUUGUACCAGCAGCGGCGGGGAGCUGCCUGGUGCGGACUACCAACUCACCAACCUCUUGGGCCUGAACCCGGCAGUCAAGCGCGUCAUGCUACCUCACCAGGGCUGUUUCGCCGGCAGCGCGGUCUUACGCAUAGCCAAGGACUUCGCCGAGAACAACAGGGGGUCAAGGGUGUUGGUCGUAUGCUGCGAGAUGGUUGCAGUUACGUUCCACGGGCCCUGCGGGACGUACCCAGAUGGCCUGGUUGGUUUAGCCCUUUUUGCCGAUGGAGCGGCUGCAGUCAUUGUUGGCGUGGACCCAGUCCCUAACAUGGAGAAGCCGAUUUUCGAGCUCGCUUGGACUGGUCAGACCAUUUUGCCCGACAGCGAAGGGGCUGUGGGAGGGCACCUAGGCGCGGCGGGCUUGACUUUCCAUCUCCAACAGAGUGUGCCGAGCCUCAUCUCGACUAACAUCGAGAAGGUUUUGGCAGAGGCCUUUGACCGACUCGGGGUCUCGGACUGGAACUCCAUAUUCUGGAUCAUGCACCCUGGCGGGCCUGCCGUCUUGAACCGAGUGGAGGAGAGGCUCAAGUUGAAAGCUGAGAAGCUAAGGGCGUCUAGGCGCGUGCUAAGCGAGUACGGCAACAUGUCCAGUGCAACCGUGCUCUUUAUCAUGGACGAGGUGAGGAAGAGAUCGAUGGAGGAUGGCGCGGCCACAACCGGAGAAGGGCUCGAGUGGGGUGUGCUCCUUGGGUUCGGACCUGGCCUCACUGUUGACACUGUCGUCCUACACAGCUUGCCUACUACCAUGUUGGUUUUUGUCGUGCCGCACAGACUAAAGGAGUCAGCCCGUGACAACUGGUAUCAGAGCCACGUUCAGCUCAAUUUGGCGAAGCGAUUGGAGAGUCAAUGUAGAAUAACACACCGACAAGCAUUGAUCAAAGAGGAUGUCCUGGCGACUCAAUACAAUCUGCGAAGCACCAAGGGUAGGGGAGUAGCCCAGUCUAACGAGAUGGGCACAUCUCAUGGUCAGAAAGACCUGGUUGAAGUGGUGAACAAGUUGGUUAUCGAUGUGGCUACUCAAGAAAAAGCAUUGGGCGAUGCAGCCGAGUCCUUCGAGGAAAUGAUGGACGAAAUGAAGGCCCUGCGGAAACAAAUAGUCGAUCUUAUGGCCAUGAACAGGUCACUUACUGACACAGUGACCGCACUGCAAGCUGAAGUCAAGGAACUUCAGGCAAGGAACUGCACACUACAGUGA